ACAGAAACUGAAACCAACCAAAGCAAACACAAAACGCUUUCUCUGUUUAUCAGUAAGGAAAGUUUGAAAAUCAAAACAAAGCUCCUUACUUUUUGAUCAAACAGCCAUCUUUCACAUUUAAUUGCUGCUAAUAUCUUUCCCUAAUAUUCUUCUCCCUUGUGUGAGAUAGAUGUACAUUGAACACUAAUAAAGAGCAAUAUCUGUUUGCGGUAGUGUUUGGAAAGAAUUUAUUAGUGUGCGAUUUUACUGGUUUUGAGGGUUUUACUUGAUGGGUUUUACUGAUUUCUGGAUUUUAAAAGUGGGUUUUUGAUUUAAGUUCAAAAAAGUGAAUUUAAAAAAAAAAGUUUAGAAAAGUUUUUUUUUUUUUUUGUGUGCGCGUUUUUGGUUAAGUUUUGGGGUUUUAAUGGCUGAAAAAAGUUAAGGUUAGUGUGCUAGAGUUGAGGUUUGGUUUUGGAGUUUGUGGUGUUGUGGGAUUAUGGGAGAGGGUGAGAUUGAAGAGGGAGAGGCAUGUGAUUACACGAACAAUGAUGAUCGGAACAUUGAUAUUGAUGUGGCUCUCUCCUACAUUGAUGAUAGGAUUCAGGACAUCUUGGGGCAGUACCAAAAAGAUUUUGAAGGUGGAGUUUCUGCUGAUACUUUGGGGGCAAGAUUUGGUGGUUAUGGUACAUUUUUACCUACUUAUCAGCGCUCUCCUUCUAUAUGGUCAAAUCCAGUAGCCCAGCAGAAAGUACAAAGUCAAGGCAUUCAAGCAUCUUCUCAUGAUGAUCAGCUGGCGGAGGGUGCCAUGCAGAACUCCACGGUUUCAAUACGUGAGACCGUUUCUGCAAGACCUGAAGCUGCUUCGAGAAGUGCCUUUCCACUGCGUGUGGGAAAACCUUUGCCUGAGGAUAGGUUGGUUAAACCUCAAAGGUCAAGAGAGUUCAUUUCUGAUUUUGAACCACUUAAAGGGCCAGGUAACCCAUCGAACCAGAAAGUGCUGAAGGUACGAAUCAAAGUUGGGUCAGAUAAUUGUUUGCCGGAGCUGAAAACUUCAGCAAUUUACAGUAAUCUUGGCCUAGACAUGUCUCCAUCUUCAUCAUCAGAGGACACUGACAGCCCCUCUGAAUGUGAAAGGGAUUUUCCAGAUCCUCUAGAGGAACACAUUUAUUCUCCAUCCUGCAUUGUCAGGAUCAUGACCUCUUCUCCCAUACCCAGUGGUGCAAUGCUGUCACCUCUUCGUGAUUGUUUUCUUAAUUUAUCAGAACAAGGAUUUUUGGACCACAAAAGAACCGUACCUGUGCAAGAGUGCUCUGCCAUGCAGGCUGAUGAGAAAGUUCUUGUUGACAAACAAAAGAAGCCAGGUGAUAGAAGUGAUAGGUUGGAGUUGAAAAAUGAACACUGUAAUGAUCCAACCAAUUCGUUCAGUGCCUGUUCGAAGAAUGAAUCAAGGAUGGAGACCUCAAAGGGCAACCAUAUGUUAUCUGAUGCUGGGAAUCACCCACCUGAAUCUAAAACAACUAAAGUGGGCAAAGUAGCUGUUGGAACAGGUAUCAUAUUCAGAGCCAAUUUGAGUGGGGCAAAGAAGGAAUUAUUUAGCCAAAAAGCUUGCAAGAUUCAUGAAGUGAGUGCAAAAGCUACUUUGACUGGAAAAGUUCAGAAAGAUAAAAAAUUAGGCUGUGAACCAAGAGACAAUGGGAGCAAAGGUGAUAAAAGUCUUGCUUUGUUUAAAGACAAUUAUAUGCCUGAGGAGAUGAGAAAAUGUGGAGAUAGAACAUUGGAUCUUACAAAACAGGAGUUUGAAAAGAAAAAAGCAACCCACUUACAGGAUGAUAUGAAGGUAUCUCAUGGGGGAAAACAACUAUCUACUGGCAAAAAGAAAUCAAAGGAAAGCAAAAAUGAUUAUAGCUCAACUGCUGGGACAUCAAAAAAUAGUAUGAGGAUCCGUUUGUCUGCUGCACCAAAAGAAAAGAUCUUUCAGAAAAGCUGUAAAGGGGACAAUGCAUUGCUUGAAGAUUUGAGAAAGGUAAAAGUUAAACAUACUGUAUCAGUCAGUGACAGAAAAGCUAGGGGAAAUGAUUCUAGAAGCUGUUUGCUUGGAACUUCAGUUGAAGAUGAGACGAAGGACAAUACGCUUGAGGUGCCUGAGAAAGAACCCCUUGCUUUCAGAAAUAAAUCAAAAGUGAGUUCAGGUGAAAAAAAAUCGAGUUUCGUUUCAACUUCUAAAGAAAAUUUGAGAGGAGACAUCAAUGAUGUUGCACCAUUAGCUGGCCCACUUCCUACAGAGGUGCCAACAUUUCUUAUAGAGGAAGAUUGGGUGUGUUGUGACAAGUGUCACAAGUGGCGGCUUCUACCAUAUGGUACAAAUCCUAACCAACUUCCACAGAAAUGGCUGUGCAGCAUGCUUGACUGGCUGGCUGGAAUGAACCACUGCACUUUUAGUGAGGAGGAAACAACAGAUGCUCUGCAUGCACUUUAUCGAUUACCUGUUGCAGGGAAUCAUGGUGACCAGCUAAGCCAUUCUGUCAGCGCUGAAUCUUCGAUUACCUUGGUUAAUACCUUGCAUGAUCUUGAUCAAAAUCCACAAGAUCCUAGUUUUUGUGGUGGAAAGAAGAAACUUGAAAUGAAAGAAGUGUCUCAUCCAGCUCAAUAUAGUGUUACCAAGAAGCGGCUGAACUCUACAAUGAAGAAUGAACAUGUCUUUAUUGAAAGAAGAAGUUUACAUAACAGGAGCUUGUCUUCUUUGGAGACCAAGUUGGAGAAAAGAUUGGGUGAUGUCCAGCCACAGAAAUUCAAGAGCAUGAGGGAAGCUGAUCAAGAAGAUUUCAAGCUUUCCAAAAAAGCAAGGAUGGAGGGUAUGCAAUAUGCGGUGGAAGAUCAUAAUACUGGUGGAAUCUCAAAGAAAGAAAUGGGAAGUAAUAAUAAACAAUAUUCAUCAUACAGAGAUGUGAGGUAUCUCUCAAAGGAUUCCACGAUUCUUAAUGUUGAAAAACAUCAGUUUCAGAAGACAAUGGUUACAGAGGAUCUAGAUCCAGUGGGUAUUGAGGGGAAGAAAAGAAAGUCAAAAGACUGGAUGAACAGUCAGAUUUAUCCUGUUAACCAUUCUGGUAAUGGGCAAGAUAACAGUAUUUCCGUGGAGGAGACAAGUUGGAGUGAAUGCAGGAAAGAAAGGCACUCAAGAAAAUGUAAAUAUGAGGGAAAGGUCUCUAGCGCAAGCAAGGGUGUUUGCAAACUGUUUGGAAAAGAGAAGAUUAAUUAUUUAUCCCAGUCAACUGUUGAUGCUAAGAAUUCAGAGAGAAGGGAUUUGAGAGAUGGACUGCAAUGCACAGAAGCUACCUUAAGCUCAUCCUUGAUAUCAAGCACAUGCAAAGUUAAAAUCAACUUCCCAGAUGUUAAGGGCUCACCUGUGGAGUCAGUCUGUUCUUCACCUUUGAAGAUUUCUAACCGAGUCAGCCCUAGGAGUUUUUCAGGCAAUCAUGGUUGCACAGAUGUUGGUUUUUGUCACUUCAGUGGCCAAACAAAAUGCUUAGAAGGUGAAUCUGUUGGUGUGAGCAACUGGUCUGAGACCUUAAGGAAGGAAAAUGCCCCUGUUGUUGCACCUAUCAAGGAAAAAUCAAGGGAUAUCUACAGACAUAAUGAUGAUAAAGUUGAGAAAAAAUUUACUGGUCAGAAGGUUUCUUCCAUCAAAAGUCUAAAUAAUAGUACUAGAGAGGAUGACCAAUUUGGACGUGAAGGAUAUGAGGCCACGUUUAGGAAAAUGGAUAGUGUUUUUCAGAAGGAUUGCAAAUCAGGUGCGCAGAACCAUAGCAACAGUGAAUUUUUGGACUUGCUUCCAUCAGACACAAUUAAUCAAUUGGAAAAAUCUGCAGGGAGACAUAAGUCAUUGGAUUUCUUACUUUUUGGCAAUAAAAAGGAAAAUCAGUGUUGGAAAAGUAGAGAAUCUGAUGCAUUGGAAGUUGAUGGUUCUAGUUGUGAUGGCUUGGGAAGGGCUCCAAGACAACUUGGAAAGGAUGAUGGUCAGAAUGGCAUUGACGAUGUUAUGCGAAGGCAUCCUUUGCUUGCUGCCAGCAACAUUGUUGCAUCAAAUCAUCUCAGAAAUGAUUUCUUUAGUCAGGUAGCAAAUGAUGCUUUGGAAGGAGCCAAGGAUCUUAAGCAUUCAGCAGAUCCUCUUCAGAUUUCUGCAUCAGGCCUUCAAAUUGCUGAGCUAUUCUUUCAAGCAGCUUUGAAAUUUCUUCAUGGGGCAUCACUUUUUAAUCCUAAUAACAACAACAGUACCAACAAUGGGAACAUGACAUCAGCUGAAAUGUAUAGUCAUGCUGCAAAACUGUGCGAAUAUUGUGCUUCAGAAUUUGAGAGAUGCAAUGACUUGGCCUCCGCAUUUUUGGCGCGCAAAUGCAUUGAAGUGGCAUAUAUGCGGGUAGUCUAUUCCAAUGACCUCACUGCAAGCCGGGACCGGUAUGAACUUCAAACGGUAUUGCAAAGGGUUUCUGCAGUUGAGUCUCCAUCAUCUUCCGACUCUGAUGUUGAGAACCUAAACAGUGAAGUAAAAGUGGGGAAGAGACAAAUAACUAAGGAUGUUGGUUGUUCUGAAGCAACUAGAGAUCAUGUCAUUCCUGCUAGAAACCAGCCCAACUUUGUUCGGUUGCUUAAUUUUGCAGAAGAUGUGAACCUUGCAAUGGAAGCCUUAAGGAAAUCUCAGGCUGCCUUUGCAGCUGCUGAAAUAAUUCUUGCAGAGACAGGCAACAUGGAGGGCAUUUCGUCUAUUAAGAAGGUCCUUGAUAUGGGCUUCCAUGAUGUUGAGGGGUUAUUGCAGCUGGUACGCUUUGCAAUAGAGAGCCUCCGCAAAACUCCUUGAUUCCUUGGGGAGAAUCUUAAUUCCAGGAAUAUGUUCAGCUUCUCCGCUUCAUGAAUUUAUAAGGAGAUACACAAUCUCCAUGCUCGUACCUCUUGGGUAGUACUUAGGUUUUCAAAAAGUAAAGAUGGCAAUUAGGAACACAUUCAAAGUUGACAAUUUUGAGCACCUCAAGCAUGCAAAUAUGAGGUAUGCAACUCAUUAUCAUCACCACUCUUGUGCGCGUACACGCAUUCAUGGUGCUAUCUAUACACAGUUAAUGUUACUGCCUCACUGCAGACCCCAGAGGAAAUAAGCCAGAUAAAGUCGAUAACCUGUAUAGGAGAAAUAAGGAGCUAUCUGACAGAUAAUAGCAAGCUUUUCUCUCUUUCUCAUCUUCUGUAGUAGUCUCGAUGAAUACUUAAAGUUCCAGUCACAUGUUUAUAUGAUGCUAUAUUUUCCUUGCCAUUUGAACUUUGAUUUCUAAUGUACUGAAAAAUAUCAUGAUCAAUCAGUUACAAUUUCAAACCUCUUUUUGA